AUGCAAGAAAUCAGAAUACCACAAAAACUAUGUGCGGAUCCCUGGGUCGACGAAGUGCGGCUCGAGCCACACCGCCACCACCAGCACCACCCUCCGGUCCCGCCCCCUCCCCUCCCACCACCUGUUCCCAUAGCUGUCAUUCCUUUCCCGGUGGUCUCAGCCAACCCUCCGGCCCCUCCCAUUCAGACUGCUUCGACCCUUCACACAGCCUCCUCAAUGCCAGUGGUCACACCCUUGGCCACAGCCCUGUCCCCACCAGCAGCCCCCCUCCUCAGCCCUAAUGGCAAGGAUGCCCAUUCCCCUCCACAGCAGCAGCAGCAGCAGCAGCAGCAGCAGCAACAUCAUCACUUGAUCGCACACAUAAAAGCAGAAGCUACCAGCUUGCCUCCAUCGAAUAACAGUCCCAAGCAGCAGCCGCAGCCACAGCUACAACAGACGCAGGCGCUGCUGCAACCGUAUCCAGCCCCCAUCAUCACAGCCCAGCAUCCACCACAGCAACACGCCCUCCUGCCCCAGCCAGCACUACCCCAACCUCAGCCCGCACCAGCCCAGGGUCAGGCAGACCAACCGCCCAGGCCUAACGGAGUUGUUGUGGAAGAGCCGCGCAACCUAGAUGGCAAAAGGAGACCUGGAGGGGCUGGAACUCGAGAAGUUCACAACAAGCUGGAAAAGAACAGACGAGCACAUCUGAAAGAAUGUUUUGAGACCCUCAAGAAGAACGUUCCUAAUGUGGAUGAAAAGAAAACUUCCAAUCUGAGUGUCUUGAGGAGUGCUCUCCGCUACAUCCAGGUAAUGGGAUUGGAUAUAAGUGCGAUGAAACGAGUGUUUGAUGACGUGCAUCCAAUAGAAGCUUCUAAAAUAAAUAAUGUUUUCAUGUUUGAAUGGGUAAGAAACAACAUAAAAUCUAAUUACCAUGAAUCAUUUCCGCUCUUUCCAGAGGGUGAAGACAACUUCGACCAAGACGUAGAUGAUGACAUCCUCUCCUCCCCACCCUCGUCUUCUGUGGCCAAACCGUCUGAGCCCCGCGCUGCCAUGCCUCCACCCUCCAUUCUCGCUACACAUAUCUCCAUACAACACAAACCCACCACACCACCCAAUCAACUCCAGCCCACAGUGGUCACCCCUCAAGCCAUCGCCCCUGCGCCCCCUUCCCACCUCGUUUCCCCUCCUCAGCCAACAGUCAUCACCCACGCCUCCGUAUCCCAUGCGUCCGUCAUCCAAGCCGUCAACCACGUCAUCCCAGCUGGGCCUAAACAUCUGGCGCACAUUGCGCCCUCUAACGGUGGCCAGCCUAUUGGACACAUCACCGUGCAUCCUGUGGCCCACCUCCCCGCGGCCAUUUACCCGCAGUCAGUAGCAGUCUCGCAGCCGGCGAUGGUGGGGCACAUCACACAUACAUUGGCGCACCACCCACACUCUCACGCCCAAGUUAACGGCACACCAGUUACAGGCCAGCAGGCCACCAUGGUGGGAAAGCCAACGGCCGUGGUCGCUCACCAUCACACCGGGCUGGUGAGCCAGACAGUGCUCAAUCCGGUGACUAUGGUAACUGUUCCUCCUUUUCCCGUCAGCACGCUAAAGCUGGCCUGAGAGAAAAGAGAGGACUUCCAUGAAAGGAGGUCUCACAAAGUGAGAGCAAGAGAGACUAAAGAUGAAGAGCUAAUUUCUAAAAGGAUGACUAGAUCUCGUUCAGAAAUUCACUACUGUCGCUCCUACACGCCGGGACUUCAUCAGGAUCGGAGCGUAUCCUCUUUUGCUUGUAGAAGGGGCUUGCGUGUCUUUUGCGUGUCUAGCGCUGGAAAGAAAUUCAUGUAAUGCACUUGCUUAACUAGAUUCGAAGACAUUGGUCAGUCUUUAGUAAUGUGAGAGUGGAGUGCUAAAACAAAUCAAUUAUUUCUUCUUUCCCUCAUAUCCUUUUUUCUGUAUGCAAAUUAUCACACGCUUUACAUUCAUUCACCAAAAAAAUCUCCACUAAUCAAAAAUGAGUGCUUAAAGCUCAGUACUGAAAGCAUGCGGGAAAAAAACGUUUACUGUGUGACUAUUUUAGGGGCAUUUAAAACUCGUCAAACGGGGCUUUUGACUAAAAAAAAGUCAAGUCUUCAGCCAGAUCAGGUUACUCAAAGUGUCUCUGUACUUGCUAGGAAAUGUUAAGUGCCUAAGCCCCAAUUCAAGCCCAGUGGCGCCACCUGCUGCCUACGCAAUUUUUGCUGAAUAUGAAGCGCAAGCGUAUUAGAGUGCCACGACUUGACCUGCAGUCACAGGCAUCUGUUGGCAAUCAAGAAACUCAAAGUCUUAAAAGUGUCGAGGUGAAUGGGUUGUGAGGAAACUCGACUAAUGUACAAUUCAACAUCUGAGAAAGACAUGAAUUUGAAAGUACAUUAAAGCAUUCAUAACUUGCAGCAAGUGCACAGAUAUUUAACCUAACAAUAUUUCGUAAUACUUGAUUAACGUUUCGAAUGAUUAAAAACGUUACGUACGGCGCGUGACAGGGCGCUGCGGUGUCGGGCAUUUCCGUUUCUUCAAAACAGCAGUUACCAAUGUUCUCGUGCUUGUAGCAACACGAUGAAGAACGUCGAAUGAAGUCUUAGAAAAUACAUUAACGUUAAUCUAUCUUUUUCAUCACGCGCACGUUCAUAGAUGAACCAUAGAUGUUUUCAUAGAAGCGCCUGCCCUUCCAGUGUAGAUCGGUGCUGUUGUGUCCAUUUUACGUUCAUUGCCGCUCAACCAUUUUUCAUUAUUAUGUGUGAUUGUGUAAAUUGUCGUGAGGUAGGCACUUGUUUAUGAGUAUUUUAGGAGGU